AAGUAGCCUUCGCGGUUGGGGUUGGUAUAUCUUCAGCUGGUAGAAGCUGCAGCUUCAGAUCUCAGCUGGGCGUCAAACAUGCAGGACAUUCUGCACAAACUGGCCUUUAGUCAACUCAGCACCUGUGUCUCCAUCAUCCUCAUGUUCACGUACACCAUCCUGCUCAACAGAGACUUCGCCUGCACCUGUCAAUCACAGGAGUUGGACUGCUACUCCUACAUGGCCCUGCCUUUCUUUAUCAUCUUCUCCCUGACUCUGUGGACCAACAGAAAGUUCCUGAAAGUGUGCAGUUACACCUGUGACUUCUGUUGCAGCCAGGGCUGCAGCAAGAAGUGCUGCUGCUUCCUGAUCUUUGCCUCCCCUAAGGUGGUGGAAGCUGUCUCUGUGGGUCUGCUGUGGGUGGCAUUCGUGCUGAUCGAUGGAGACUGGUAUGUGUGCUGUCAGAACAAUGGCUCUGAUGCUCAGGUUGUGUUAGCCUGUAAAGCUGCAGCAAAGAUCACAGAGAAGGAGCAGGCGAUGAUCUCGGAUCUGAAGAACAAAUCCAGGAACAUUGGUGGCGGCUUGCUCCUGGGGAUCAUCUUUAUGGGUUUCCUGUUGACAUUUUUUCUGAGAAUACGUUGCUGUACAAAAGAACGUUGCUGCGAUAGACAGUUUGUCUACGACAAAUGUAUUCUGGAGGAGGAGGGGAAAGUCCUGAAGGAGGUGCUGAGGAAAUCGGCACACGACCAGUUGAUUAAUCAAAUCCGGAUCAAGAUCCGGGGGGAUCACUGGAAGGACUGUUUCGAUGUCGCCGAGGAGCUGAUUAAAAAAUCGACCCCACCAGACGCUCCCGAACAAAAGGAGGAAAGAGAAAUGGAGAGACGAGCCGCAGAGCACCAGGAGCAGGACGACCAGCAGGAGGAGGAGCAUACCAUUUGAACUGACCAAUGAAAUCCUCAGAUGUGUCCUGUCACUUCCUGCUCUGAAGCUUUCAUCUUUGACUUCAGUGAUCGUCCCUCGGCUGUGAAAACGUCUCUUCUGUUAUCGUCUGUGUUUGAGUCUCUGAUCUGUAAAUACAUUUUGAAUCUCUCUGUGACUCAUUGGCUGGACUCUUGCGUUUCUAUUAGAAUGAUGUUUGUGUUGAAACAAAAGAGGCGGCGGGAGGCGUGCCCUGAUUUGCUGCUUGUUAUUAUUUACAGUCUAUGGUCGCAACCAGUAAUUUGUCCAAAUAAUCAUCAAGUGUGUGAGGUCACUAUGAUUAUUUUACUGGAGCAUUCCCGAUCUGGAAUCAUAAAUAUCAAACAUGGAUGAUUUUUUUCUACAGGCAAUUAGAGAAGUGACAUUUGAUGGAACAGACUUUGUAGGUAAAUGGACUUGAGCUUAUAUAGCGCUUUUCUAGUCUUCUGACUACUCAAAGCGCUUUUACACCACAUGUCACACUGACCCUUUCACACCCUGAUGGUAGUGGUUGCUAUGUAGUAUCAUCCAUCAGAUGUAACUAAUGCCAGUCAUACACUGCCACUGAAGCAGCGGGAGCAAUUCAGGGUUAAGUGUCUUGCCCAAGGACACAUUGGACAUGUUGCCCAGCUGGGGAUUGAACCCUUGACCUUAUGGUUGAGAGGCGACGACUCUACCAACUGAGCCACAGCCGCCAUUGAGGUGGUCUCA